AAGCCAAUGGAACAGGGACAGAAACGAACGUUAAUUUCAGUGAAUGGAAGGGGCUUAGCUUAGCUAACUGUCUGGUUAUAUACCUCUGUUACAUUUUACAUCUAACAUCUAUAUUCAUCAACUGGGGAUUCGUUUAAGAGGUAAGCAUCAUGGGUGAACCACAGCAGGUUAGUGCCCUGCCCCCUCCACCUAUGCAGUACAUUAAAGAGUAUACAGACGAAAACAUCCGUAAGGGUCUGGCUCCCAAGCCACCCCCACCCAUCCGAGACAACUACAUGAUGUUUGGGAACCAGUUCCAGUGUGACGACCUCAUCAUUCGGCCUCUGGAGAGCCAAGGAAUUGAGAGGCUCCAUCCUAUGCAGUUUGACCACAAACGAGAGCUUAAGAAACUCAACAUGUCCAUUCUCGUGAACUUUCUGGACCUGCUGGACAUCCUUAUCAAGAGCCCUGGUAGUAUAAAGCGUGAAGAGAAGCUGGAGGACUUAAAGCUUCUGUUUGUUCACAUGCACCACUUGAUAAAUGAGUACAGGCCACAUCAAGCCCGGGAGACACUGAGGGUGAUGAUGGAGGUGCAGAAGAGACAGAGGCUAGAGACAGCUGAGAGGUUCCAGAAACAUCUGGAGAGGGUGGUGGAGAUGAUUCAGGGGUGUCUCGCCUCCCUACCUGAUGACUUACGACAGAUGGAGGGCUCAGAGGGCGCUGGUGAUGGGACAAGGAGUGUAUCUGCAGCGGCUAGUAUCGGUUGCUCCUCUGGGCAGGCCCCCAGGCUGAAAAGUGAACCUAUGGAUGUAGAGGAAGCAAGUGCCAGCUGCAUGGCAGUGGGUCAGCAGGACAAGAGCGUCCCUACUUCAAAAAGAGACAAAAUAUGGGACAAGGAUGCUGCUAUGUGCAGUAUUAUUGAUGAAAUAGCUUGAGUUCUAUGUUAGUAGUUUCUUUUUUGUACAUCUAAACUUUUUUUUUUUUUUUUUUUUGUAUGUUAUAUGUAGUGUAAGUUUGAAGAAGUCUGCUGUGUUUUCACAGAGCCUGAAAUCCUGUCUGGGAUGGUGUUUUAUUUAAAAGCUAUCAUGUAGAUAUUAUUACCAGUUCCUGUGAAUAUAUUCCAAGAAUUUAAACAAUACACAGAUCAAUUGGGGUGCCAAUGUACCGUUUUUGCAAUAA